AUGCUUGCACGCAAUAUCUUAAUCGGCCUCUCCGCCUUAACGGCUCUAGGAGCCGCAGAAGACCUACCAAUCCUAAAUCUACCUUGGGGAAAGUGGAAGGCCGAGGCACUGCCAAAUGAUCCAAAGAUUGCUGUCUACAGAAAUGUCCGCUUUGGAGCCCAGCCUGAGCGUUUCGGCGCUCCGUCAUACCCAAACUGGGAGGAUGAUUCCUUCCAGAAGCCCGAACACAACGUUAGCUGCUACCAAAUCAAUCCAUUCAAACUAAAGAACCCUCCCGAAGGCCCGGGUUCGGUUCUCGCUCCCAAAGAAAAGCUAUAUCAAACAGAAGACUGCCUAUUUCUCGAUAUAUAUGCACCCAAAGACGCUCUCGAGAAAGGAGAAAAGCUGCCUGUUGUUGUUUGGAUUUACGGCGGGGGCUACGCUUUCGGUUCCAAGACCCAGGGCGGCAGUAUGUACAGUGGUCAGUCUAUCAUAACGGCCUCCAAUUACAAUGCCAUUUUUAUCACUGGCAACUACCGCCUAGGUGCCCUGGGUUGGCUUGCUGGAAAUUACAUGGAGGAAAAUGGGCUGCCCAACGCAGGUCUAUAUGAUCAGGCCCUUCUAUUCGAGUGGGUUCAAGAGUAUGUUGACCAGGUGGCGGGCGACAAGGAAAAGGUCACUGCCUGGGGGGAGUCGGCUGGUGCCGGCUCCAUUCUUCAUCACCUAAUCCGCGAGGGUGGUCAAGUUAAUCCAACCUUCCGUAGCUUCUAUGCUGCAAGCCCCGGCCACCAAUGGGCUUGGAAUAAUUCCGCAAAUGGUACCCUGGACAUGAUAUAUCAGAAAUUCUCUGCUUUGGCUGGUUGCGGUUUGGAGAAAAACAUUACCUGUCUGCGAGAUAAGGAUAUCGAAGUUCUAGCUGAGGCCGACCAGAAACUCUAUGAGGAGGUCAGGCUAACUGGACUGUUCCCCAUCGGACCAUCAGUCGAUGGAAAAUGGAUUAAGGAGAUUAGCCCUAUUGCUAUUGCGAAAGGCAAUAUCUGGAAGAAGAUUGAUACAGCGCUGAUUACGCAUGUCGCGAACGAGGGACUCGUGUUCGCUCCUGACUAUGUGACAGAUGAAGAAGGAUACGAUUACUUCCUCAACCAGUUCCUUCCUGGCCCAGAACUAAAGACACAAAGGACGAAAAUCAAGGAGCAGUACGAUUGCAAAAAUUAUCCAAACGAACCCAAAUACUCGCUCUGCGUUGCCCAGAUCAUUGCUCACGCUGUAUUUAACUGCAAUGGUCGAGAUCUCUUUAAUACGUUUUCGGACAGGUCUUAUGUGAUGGAGUACUCUUUCCCUUUUGACGGGCUUACUAUCCAUGGAACUGACCUAAUCCCCCUGUUCAGCAACAAUUUGGAAGAGAUCUCGGAGGCAAUCCCUGACAUCCCUGAUAUUCCCGACUUACCUGACUGGAUUAAAUUAAUUCCUCCAGCCCUUCGAAUAGGCCUCGAGUACAAAGUCCGAAAGAAGCUCCAGUCCUACGCUGCUUCGUUUGCUGUGCACGGAGAUCCGAAUAGGCUCGAGGACGAGGAAAGGAUUUCCUGGCCCUUAGCUGACGGGAAAUCAGACCAGCUCAAGGAUGUUCUCCAAGUCAGAGGUCUCCUAGAUAAUCCCUUGGUACCGUGGGGACUUAUUCAGGACACUAAGAAUUCAAACAGCUCAUGCCAAUUCUGGACUGACCUUGCCGAGGACAUUAUCCAGUCUGAGAGUGCUAAUCGGGGAGAUGGGUACAUCGGUUCACAGAGUCCCCUAGGCUCUUUGGAGCUCUAG